UCGCCCAACCACUUUACGUCAAACCAAGCUAGUUUGUCACUUCGUCUUUCCACUUUCCUAAGUAAGUGCAUUUGCAUUUUCUCGCCAUUCACGCCACGCCAGAACCAAAUAAAUAGAUUCGAAAUGGCGAAAAUGGCAUUUCAGCACCAGGCGGGCACUGCCAUGGAGUGUCUGAGUAUUCCGAUUACUCUCCACAAAGAAGCCACCCUGGACGAGGAGGGUCGCGAAGUACUGAAAUGCGGGUUUAAAAUUGGCGGAGGUAUUGAUCAGGACUUCCGAAAGAGCCCCCAGGGAUACACAGACUAUGGCAUUUACGUCACUGAAGUACAUGACAACAGUCCUGCAGCACGAUCUGGCCUUAGAGUACACGAUAAAAUUCUACAGUGCAACGGCUACGACUUUACAAUGGUAACGCAUAAAAAGGCAGUCAGCUACAUUCGUAAAAAUCCCGUACUCAAUUUGCUGGUAGCGCGCAAGGGUGUGACCUCCACGUAAACCAAAUGCUUCUCCAGCAAGAAUUGAAACAAAACAACAGACUAACCUCCAUUCAAUUACUAACAAUUAUCAAGUAUAACUAAAGAUAUUCACACGGGAGCACGGUUGUGUAUGCAUUACUUAAUGAUAAUUAUGAAACUUAAACGGAACAAAAGGACAAGAACGCGAAGUACGUUCUUUACAGCGGCCGGCACCGCUUUUGGGGUCGGUCUUUCAUAUCGAAGCAAGAAUAAUUUACUAAGAUAAACAUGAAUGAGUGUAACUAACUGAAAGCAUAAGCUGCCAAAUUAUAUACCAUGAAAUUAUUAUGUAGUAGUGUGUGAAAUAAUCAAAUGCAUGAGUUCAUUUUGCAGAAGACACAAGUUCGAAGGAAAGCUUUUUAUUGUUUAGUUCUUUCUUAUAAGACGCAUUCCAAAUACUAUUCAUAGUUUUAAUGUGAUAAGAGAUUUUGUUAACUUUUACAUGACACUUUUAAUAAAUGUUUGUAAGAAAGUA